AAUUUUUAUCGUAAAAAGCAUCAUGGCGUCGCCGGUCUUUCCGGCAAAUAGGUUGUGCCAUCGUGUCUCACGUCUUUCGUACUAAAAGUACAGAAUGACGGACGACGUGGUUGUUUUAGAAGAUGCUGUUCACAGAGAAGAAGAGAUAGCCCACUUUCAAGCUCCUGCAAUUCAACAUAAUCCCGAUGGAUGGGGUCCUUGUGAGUUACCUGAUCAAUUUAAAGAUAUACCUUAUCAACCAUUCUCAAAGGGCGACAGAUUGGGCAAGAUAUCUGACUGGACUACACCAGCUUUUCAAGAUAAAAAGUUUCCCAACAAAUAUACGUCACAGUUUGGUUCAGGCAGCCAAUAUGCAUACUAUCAUGAUGAAGAUGAAACAACUUUCCAUUUGGUUGAUACAACCCGUGUACAAAAACCGCCUUAUCAACGUGGUGGCAGAUUUCGUCAUAAUCAAAGGAACUUACGUGGCCGUGGAAGCCAGCGUGGUUCGUUGAGCCAAAUGCAACAACUUGGUAAAUUAAAGCUUCGCGAGAGAGAUCGUAAAGGACAAGCGAAACGUUGGGGUAGACAGCAAGGUUUACGUAAUCAUAAAAAUCAACCACCAAUUAAAAUUCGCGACGCAUCCGUUACUGUAAGACCUGAUUGGGUAACUAUUGAAGAAAUGGAUUUUCCACGUUUAGCAAAGCUAUCUUUACCUAGUAUUAAAGAUGGAGAAGAUAUUUUAUGUUGUGGCUCUCUUGAAUAUUAUGAUAAAACUUAUGACAGAGUGAAUGUCAAAAGUGAAAAGCCAUUGCAAAGAAUUGAUAGAAUUUUCCAUACAGUCACCACUACUGAUGAUCCAAUAAUUCGUAAGCUAUCAAAAACAGAAGGAAAUGUUUAUGCUACAGAUGCAAUUUUAGCAACAAUAAUGUGCUGCACUCGUAGCAACUACUCUUGGGAUAUUGUAAUUGAAAAAAUUGGAGACAAACUAUUCUUUGAUAAACGAGAUAAUACUGAGUUUGAUUUAUUAACUGUAAAUGAAACUAGUGUUGAACCUCCUCAGGAUGAUGGAAAUUCUUUAAAUUCCCCUAGAAAUUUAGCUUUGGAAGCUACAUUUAUUAAUCAUAAUUUUUCUCAACAAGUACUAAAAUCUACUGAACCUAGAUUUAAAUUUGAAGAAGGAAACCCAUUUAUUUCAGAAGAAGAAGAAGGUGAUGUUGCUAGUGUUGCAUAUCGGUAUAGAAAAUGGGAUUUAAAUAAUGGAAUUGUUCUUGUUGCAAGAUGUGAACAUGAUGCUGUAAUGCAAGGUCCUAAUAAUGAAAUUCAAUUUUUAACGAUUAAGGCUCUAAAUGAAUGGGACUCAAAAUUAGCCAAUGGUGUUGAAUGGAGGCAAAAAUUAGAUACACAGCGUGGUGCAGUAUUAGCAAAUGAAUUACGCAACAAUGCUUGCAAAUUAGCUAAGUGGACUGUCCAAGCAUUACUAGCAGGUUCAGAUCAAUUAAAAUUCGGUUAUGUCUCUAGAGCAAUGGUUAGAGAUUCUAGUAAACAUGUUAUUCUUGGUACACAGCAAUAUAAGCCAAAUGAAUUUGCAACACAAAUCAAUCUUAAUAUGGAUAAUGCAUGGGGUAUUUUACGAUGUAUUAUUGAUAUUUGCAUGAAACAGAAAGAUGGAAAAUAUCUAAUUAUGAAAGAUCCAAAUAAACCAAUGAUAAGAUUAUAUGAUAUUCCGGAUAACACGUUUGAAAGCGAAGGAGAAGAAGAUGAAGAUGACGAUGAACCUGUUAAUGAUGCAUUUCAGAGUUAACAGUUUUAAAUUUUCUUAAACUUCUCUGAAUUAAUAUGUUAAAAGUCACUGAUUUGUACUAUGAAUACAUAUUGUAAGAAGGGAGGAAAGUGGCAUAAUAAACUGCUUUCAAUUCA